AGUUGUAGUUUUUUUGUUGUAUUUUCGUAAAUAUGGAUUCGCGCCGCGCUAAAUUUUGAGCGAACAUAUGUUUAAGGAAAUCAUCUGUCACGUGCUGAAUAAUUCACAAUAUAUUCUUCACAAGUGCCGUUAACUUCUUACUUACCAAGAAUGUCGUCGAAUAGUAACUGGAAUUGCACGACUUAUCUUGGAUGAGGUUAUAGGUGAAAGCUUGUUAUAAAAAUCCCUCUAGAUACAUGAUUUUAACGAUGUCUAUACCUAAUUUAUUUAAAAAGGCUUCUAGUUUAAUAUUAGGAAAGCAGAGAGAAAAACCCUCUGCUCCAUUUGCUGAUGGUGAAGUAGUAUUCAGCAAGAAUAACGUGUGCGUGCACCCGCCGUCGCUGCUGCGGCAGGACUGCGACGUGGUGCACCACCCCGGCUACCUGACGGUGACGUGCCACCACGGGGCGGGCCCCACGCUGCGCCUGUCCUGGAUCCCCAACACCACGCUGCGCAAGAACCCGGCCACCAUCGAGAACCCGCACGCGAGCGGGGAGGCGUGUGAGUCCCUGCUGUGCAGCCUGGCGUGCGGGGCGCGCCCGGGACCCCUCGGCGGGGAGAUGCUGGCGGCGAGGCGGGAGUCCCGGCUGGAGCGCCAGAGCUCCUCCGAGUCCCGCUGCAGCCACUGCAGCAGCUGCAGCGACGCCAGCACCCUGCACCCCUCCCAGGGGUCCUCGGAGGGCGUGUCGGCCGACACCCGCCCCUGCUCCCAGCUGUGCUCGCUGGGCACGGAGCUGGCGGCCUCCUCCACCUUCCACUCGCUGGCCACGGAGCAGGAGGACAGCUUCAGCUGCGUCAGCUUCUCCCCGGACCCGCCGGAGCCCCCGGAGCAGGGGUCGCCCCGCCCCGAGGACGAGGCCCAGCGGUCGCCGUCGCUCUCCUCCGCCUGCAGCCUGGGCGUGCCCGUCGCCUGUGCGGACGAGCUGCCCACGUGGAUGCGCUCGCCGGAGCUGGUCGCCCUGCAGCACAACCUGGCGUUCCCCGACAGCAACACGGCUUCCCCCGUCGUCCACCGCGCCCUCCGCUGCCGUCGCUUCUCCGUCGACCUCAGUCAGAUGCGCUCGCUGCGCCUGUUCUUCAACGACGCAGCCAGCACGUGCGGGCAGCUGGUGGUGGCAUCGCGCGAGAGCCAGUACAAGAUACUGCACUUCCACCACGGGGCGCUGGACCGCCUGGCAAGCGUGCUCCACGAAUGGAACUUCCUGCUGUACUCUCUGCCGGCUGACGAGUCCCUGCCCUACCGCCACUUCAUGGUGUGCAGGCCGGAGGUGGGGCAGGACGAGCUGCACCCCGAGGAGGGGGGCGUGGCCCCCGUGGACGCAGCCGCGUGGCUCGGCCUGCUGAACGACGAGGGGCAGCUGGAGGACGACCUGGCCCUCAGGAAGGGCAUCUUCUUCGGCGGGCUCGACCCCAGCAUCCGGCACAUCGUGUGGCCCUUCCUGCUGCACCUGUACACCUUCCAGUCCACGACGGCUGAGCGAGAGCAGCUGCUGGCCAUCCGGCGGCAGGAGUACGACGCCAUCACGCGCAGGCGACUGGACAUGGACCCGGAGAGCCAGCAGGUGUUCUGGAGGACCGUGCAGUGCACGGUCGAGAAGGACGUGGUGCGCACCGACCGUGCCAACCCCUUCUUCGCCGGCGAGGACAACCCCAACGUGGAGAUCAUGAAGAGCAUCCUGCUGAACUACGCGGUGUACAACCCGGGCGCGGGCUACACACAGGGCAUGUCCGACCUGCUGGCCCCGGUGCUCAUGGAGAUACGCGACGAGUCGGACGCCUUCUGGUGCUUCGUGGGGCUCAUGCAGAAGGCCAUCUUCGUCUGCACGCCCACCGACAACGACAUGGAUAAGAAUCUUAGCUACCUGCGGGAGCUGAUACGCCUGAUGGUGCCUGACUUCCACCAACACCUGCAGAUGCACACAGAUGCCAUGGAGCUGCUGUUCUGCCAUCGCUGGAUCCUGUUGUGCUUCAAGCGGGAGUUCCCCGAGGCGGUGGCCCUGAAGAUGUGGGAGGCCUGCUGGGCCAACUACCUCACCGACUACUUCCACCUGUUCCUGUGCCUGGCCAUCGUGUGCGUGUACUCGGCGGACGUGAUCGCGCAGGGCCUGCGCACGGACGAGAUGCUGCUCCACUUCAGCUCGCUCGCCAUGUUCAUGGACGGGGAGCUCAUUCUGCGCAAGGCGCGGGGACUGCUGCACCAGUUCCGGCAGAAGCCGCGCAUCCCCUGCACGCUGGCGGGGCUGUGCCGGCUGUGUGGGCCCGGCAUGUGGGACUCGACCCACGCCCCCGUCGUCGAGUGCACCGGGGACCACCCCACCAGCGAGCUCUGCCCGCACCGCCGCCUGCCCCUGUAGGCCCCCCCCCCCCCGCCGCCCGCACGGCUCCGGCACCAAGGGGUCGGACGUCCCGUCUGCCGUCGUGGGACACAGUUCUCAUCCCUACCCCAGGGUGCCUAUCGUAAGUAUCUAGACAAGAGUGCUACUCAGUAGCAUCUUGCAUUCUUAACUGUUACAAAGAGUUCCAUAUACCUGCUAUAAUCAAGAAAAAAAAAAAUUCUGAAUCUCAUUUCUUGUCAGCAUGCUUAAAACCACGUUGGAAACUCAAAACCUCUCCUUUCUCCUCUCGGGCGUCCUUUAUUCCGUUUCUUGGUUGCUGCGCCUGUCUUGCCUCGCCAGCGACAGGUGCUGACACUGUCAACCUCCCGUCUUGUGUUGCCGGUGAAUCGAAAGAUGGUCGUGGAAGGUGUUGGUGAGGGCUUUAUCGUGUAGUGUUCUGGAUGUUAUUGGUUCAGUAAUAUUAUUAUGCUGUUAUGAGAUGUAAGUAAAUUCAAUUUUCAGACAGUUGAGUUUGUGUAAGAGAAUGAAGAGUACAUGCCAAGUGUGAUUGAGUUCUCAAUUAUCAAGGGGAGAAAAAAAAUAAAAUGGAAUGUAUCAAAGUAAUAAAAGAAUUUUUGCCAUCACAAGUUAGUACUUGUUAAUUACUGGCAAAGAAAAAGUUUAGUUUCUUGGAAAUCAAUGACACUAGAGAGUUAGUAAAGGUUCAAAAGGAAUAAUAUUGAUUGGCAUGAGGCAAAAAAAUAUUUAUUUUUGCUGUGAAAAAGAUAUUUGCUCAACUUUUAAAAAUUAUUGUAUAAAUCUAUUUCAUGCAAAAUGAAUCUUGAUUUAGCGUAUGUAAUGAAGUUUCUUGAAAAAGUCUCAAUAACAAACAACUCGGGGUCCAUUUCAACAAAUUACAUCCAGAACAGCACUUCAGAUCCUCUAUGCUUGCCUUCACUGAAGCUAGAACUGUGUAGAUGGUUUUUUAUUGCCAUCAAACUUAAUUUAAUGUACACUUUACAGACCAAAGAUUUUUUGUUAUUAAUUUUUGUGUUUGCCUAAUGUUAAAUGUAAUUUUUAUAAGAUUAUUUUAUGCUUAGCACAGUUAAAUUACGUACAAAUAAAUGAUCUGCAGCUGCAAUGGCCAGUUAGUUUUAUCGACAGUUUUAUUUUAUUGUGCUCUGCCGGUAUUACAGUUGUAAUUUUUUUGUUUUUAUCCAUGUGAAAAUAAUGGUAAUUUAUUUCAUAAGACUGACUACAAUAAAUAGAGGACUUAGUGGCCUAUUGUUUUAUGAGACAGUAAUGAAAAGAUCUUAUAUCCUAUCAGUUAAUAAUUUAGAAUUAGCGUUGUAGUGAUUGCUGAUGAAGGUACUGUGCAGUGUACACAAGUAUAGAUGCCUUUGAAAUCUUGAACAAAUAGUAAGGAUUUGGGUGUUUCAGUAUAGCUGUCACUAAAUAGAUAUAGUAAAAUUAAAAAAAAAUAAUGUUAAGCCUACAGUGAAACACCUUUUUUUUUUAUAUUGUCUAAUUCAAUAUUUUAUAUUAUCUUUGAAAGAUUUGUGCAAUGGGAGAGCAUGACUUGAUGUAAGCUUUUGGACAUACGCCAUUCGCCUCUGUGUUUUUGUACCAUGUGCGUCUCUGCCUGAGGACGGGAGCAGAUAGCAGUUCCCGAAACAUCGCUUGUUUCUGUUUUGGAAAACUAUUGUGUUUGUUUCGUCUUUUCGUUUUGUUGUGAUUUGUCUCGUUUCAACUGUUGUGCUGGCUUGUUUCUGUUUUGGAAACUAUUGUGUUUGUUUCGUAUUUUCAUUUUGUGUUUUUUUCUCGUUUCAACUGUUGUGCUGAUUUUUUUUGGGGUUCAAUUCAUCAUUUGUGGGAUUCUUUUCGUUCUCUUAGUCCAUUUUUCUUUGUUUUUCUUUGUUUGUUGACCAUAUUCCUGUUAUGGAAUAUUAUGUGGUGUAUAUAUCCUAUUUACAACAGCAAUUUUUGCUUAAUUUGUGUUUUUUUGUAGUUUUCUUCUACAGACAUACAUGUGCUUAGCAAUGGCGUAUGUCCAAAAGCUUACAUCAAGUUAAUAUUUUGUGUAUUCAAUUUUCACUUCUUUCUGUAGUCCUACGUAAUGGUAAAGCAUUAAUCACGAAUGUAUUUAUUUGUGUUAACAAUUUAAGCACACGUUUUUGUGUGAUCUAGACUGGCUGACGCCAUACACGUAUGAUGUGAUAGAAGCAGUGACCACACAUAUGAGGUAUACCCUUUUUGGUGCAGUAGUCGGCUGGAGAGACAAGCGUGUGUGCGCGCAGAAGGCCCACGUAGUAGUUUGCUUGGUAUAGAACUAUGGUCUGUCUCACAGUUUGCAAUACAGAGUAAAUGGAGACCACUGCUGCGAUAUUGAGACUACCCAUCUUGAUUACAUUAAAAACCUUAUUUUAUAUACAAUCUUUUAUUAUAAUAAGCUUUUUUAUUAAUUUUAAUUUUACUAGUUGUUGAUUUUUUGAAGAUCGAAAAUUAGUGUAAUUUGACCGAAUUAUCCCAGUUGUAGUCAUUUUGACAAAGAAAUAAUUCAAUACAAACAAAAAAUUUUAUUUUACAGUAGAAACUAUUUUUAGCAUUCCAUUAACAUUACUAACAAGGCAUUACAUACAAUUAUGUGAUAUUCUCAAAACAACACUUGGUCCCUUUUUCCAAAAAGAAAAGGUUUUCACUGUGCCUAACUGCAAUGUAAAAUCAGUUUUCAAAAGGAUGACAUUCAUUUUUUUUAGAACAAUGCUUUUUGUGCAUUUAUUGAGAAUUGAACUGAAUCUCAAUUGCUUUGUACACUUGGGUUGCUUCCUGCCUGACACAAGCAUUUUGUGUACUCAUUGCACUCAUGGAGUGUUGUUUCAUUGUAAAUCAAAAUACAUUUGUGUUUGCAAUUUUGUGAUAAAAUGGUUCAACUUACCUAUUAUUGUGGUGUUAAUUAAAAAAAAAAAAAAAAAAAGCAUUGAUACAUAGUGCAUUUUGUAAUUUUAUUGGGUGUGCAAUAUGGAAAUGAAGAUGAGUGAUUGUAAUGUACAGUAUGGUACUUGCAAUGUUAAUUUACUUUAAAAAUUUUAAAUGACAAUACUGUACCCUUUUUGGAAGAUCAGUGUGAUCAAAGGCUUCUGACGAUAGCUUAAUGUCGGUGGAUAGAGAGGAGACAGAAUGUUAGGAUGAUGCUCUGUGCUUGCAUGCUUUGAUAGAAAGUCAAUAAAUUCUUGAAUGCCUUUACAUUUGCAUUGUUUGUUGGUGGUUCAAUGACAUUUUUAAUUGAAAGUCUGUGAUGUACAUAUUUCACAAACUAUGAAUAUGACUUUGUCAUAUAUCACUACAUCUUUUAAAUAUUUUGAAUACUUUUUUUACCUAGUCCUUUAGCGCUUUUCCAGUCCUUAGGAAUAAUCGUACACCACUGUCAGUUUAAAUUAUUUUUUUAUACCUUAAGUUGAAUCUGAAGAUAUUGCAUUGUGGUUGAAGACUGCAUGAUGUCACAUGUGAAGUUAUUGCAUUAUGGUUGAAGACUGCCUGAUGUUGCAUGUGAAGAUAUUGCAUUGUGGUUGAAAACUGCCUUAUGUGUGUGGCACUCUGUCAGGCUUGAAGCAGCUGUUUUUGAUUGCUGCAUGUGUGGGAACUACGAAGUACGUGUUUACUUUAUAGCACAUAAAUUUGCCAAUAAGAAUGUUUAAACAACUUAUCACUGUCAUUGGAUACAAACUAAAGAAGAAUUUGACGCUAUAGUGAUUUACCAAACUUGUGGCUGUCCAUUUCCCUGAUCCUGAUUCACUGCAACCUGUCAAGAAGUUGUUGUACUUACUUAUAUGUUUGAAUUGUGUGUCACUUGAAAAAAAAACUGAGAGUUUCGACUGUAUGGUAAUAGUUUGCAUAAGGUGAUGCUAGUUCACGUCACUGGGCCAAAAUGACGUAUGUUUAACAUGUGGCAAAAUUCUUGACAGAAUUCACACCAGCCAGUUAGGCAUAAGUGAGGCUUUAAAGUUGUUCGUUCGCAAGCAUGAUGAAGUUGAACUUUGCAUGCUAUUCAUGGAUUGGCUAUUGUAAGUACAUCUGGCGGUAGCUGAAAUGUGUCUUAACUUGGCAGCCUUGUUCCAGCUCCAGCGCUGGACAGCCGCUCAGGGCCUAGGGCCGGCCCGUUUCAUUUUUAUUUUCCUUGUUUGUUUAGUUUUAUACGAAUUAUCCGGACAUUUAUGGGAAAAGGAAGAAUUGGGAUUGUUAUUAGUGUGUAAUUUUAAGUACUAGUUAAUACCCUUUAAAUUUCAGUUGAGUUUUCAUUAUUUCGUACUUAAAAUAAUAAAAAAAAAUAAUUCAGAGAUAUUAUUGCCCAGUAAAAUGGGGCGUUUUCGCCAGAACAUACCGAUAUCACUCAUAAAACUAACCAGACAAUAAGAGAGGAUAUAAAACGUUCUUAAGAUAAAUUAACAAAACCAUUGUCUGAAAUUUAUGAGCCAGAUUGGCUUAAAAAAGUCUUUAUAAAAGUUUAUUUUUCAAAUUUUUCCAAGUAGCCCCCCCCCCCCCCCCUCACCGGACCAGGUUAGGUCCUUCUUCAGAAUAUUGGGGCCCCACAGAGUCCGGGGCCACUGUAAGGGAUCAAUUUAUUUGUAUCAGCACAAUUACAUUUUGGAAACUUGAUAUUAUGUUGGUUUUGCUUGUUCAAGUGAAAUUUUAAUUUGAAAAUGAUUUUUUUUUUUGAUAUAAUGACCACGAUCAAGUAAUUAAAACAAUAUUUCAGUGUCGCGAGGUUUUCAUUGUUUGGGCUGUCUAGGGCUGGUAGCUGUCAACUCCGGUUUUAAAUGAGACAGAAUGUGAAUUGAUUGUUUUUCUGUAUUCAUUGUGUUUUCGAUAGUAAUUUUUCAUAUCCACUCUUACGUACUAUUAUACUACCAAAGAAACCAGAAGAGGCAUUUAAUUUAUUUUUCUUAAUAGGAUUCUGACAGUAUUUGAAUUCAUAUUAAAAUAAUUUAAAAUAGUAGGUUUGAUUAGCAAAGAAAAAUUUUUGUUUGUUAAGCUAUGAGGAAACUACUGUCUUAUAUUUAGAAACUUGUUUGUUAAUUGAUUUUUGGUUUAAUAUGUAUUUAGUUAAUUAUUGAGUUUCAACAGAUAAUUUGAUAUAAGUAACUGUUGCUUAGAACAAGUGCCAUGAUUGUUAUUUAUGCAACACUAAAUUGUUCUGUAUAGUUACCAAUUUUAAAUAUAUAUAUGUACUAUGUAGUAUACUACUUAUUAAUUUUUAAGGAAUAUUUAUAUUUUACGGACAUCAUGUCAUUACUAUGGACUGUAUUAAAUAUGUAUGUAGGAGAAUUUUUCAAUCUUUGUGUGUUGUACUUGUAUGCAACUGCUCAAGGAAAACUCAUUGUGUUUCAGGUAAUGUUUUGUUUGUUAGUGGUAAGGUUUGACUGUCACUUCUUUUUCCUAUAAAUUGUACUUUGUGUAUUUAGCAGAUUUGUUGUCUGUACUGGACAUUCUAUUAAUAACCAUUACAAGCUUCAUGACAUUUUUGAGGUUUGUAGUUACCUACUAUUUACAAUUAACUACUAUUAAUGAUUCACAGUUGUGCAAAAUAUUUUUAUUCAUAAUGAGAGAAAAGUGAGCGGCACUACUUACGGCAGAGUGGCACGCUGUCCUUACUGUUCAUAGAGACAAACCCCUUUCGAUAGUUUCUUUAAGACUAUCAACAGUUUUGACAGUUUCUAGAUCAGCGUAUUUCAUCUCUUCUUGCCUUUUGUUACUCUUGAAAUUGUCCGCCUUUCUUGUCAUCACCGUAAGUCGUUAUCUGUAGUAGUGCUUCUGUUCUCUGCUCACGACCAUUCAAACCUUCUCAUUUCAAUCCUUCCUUUGUGUGUCUUUGGUGUCUGUUACUUCCAAUUACCUACUUGUAUCGGUGAAUAUAUUCCGUUUUAAUUUUCACUUUGCUAGCUGUCAUCGGUGAUGAAGUUGUGCAAAGUAGACCUAAGUGCCACAGGAGGUGAUGCAAAUAGCUUGGCAUUUAAAUUUUAGCUUAAUGUCCAAAUUAGACCACAACAGGAUGAAACAAGUGGGAGAUUUAAAAUAAGACAUUAACGUGUGGUCAGUAUUCACACACCAGUCUGUGGUUUUGUCUUUUUUUUUUUGUAAUGACUCCUCCAUAUUGCAUCCAGGAUGUCUAUAAAUUCCGUAUUGCAGUUGGUUUUUGGUUUACGCUAAUAUCUUAAAACAGUGAAGCCCUGACUUUUGGCUGUUGUGGAGUUGUUGAUGGUAGGAGGAAUCUGCUGGGUCGUAAGUAGGUCAGCCGGCUGGUUUCCUGAUCAUGCCUCUGAUGCAACAACAUUCCUGGCAGUGUGUGUACUUUUCUCCCGCCCUGUAGUUCUUACCGCUUGACUGUGUGAUUUUUGGUUAUCGUUAUGGAAAUUAAGGUCUUGAUUUACUUGAAUCAUUUUGUUUUUAAGAUCUGAAAUUUCCGUCCUUCAGUCAUUUGAAAGCGUUUUCAAUACCUGGUUUUCAUUUUUGAAGUCUUCCGUUUUAACGCACAAAGAUUUCACAACAUCAAUUGGUUCAAAUACAUAUAGUUUGCUAGAAUCCAUUUUUGAUGGUGAAGGUUCAGUAACAUUUAUUUCUUUAGUUUUAACAAGUAACUUUAAUGGAGAAUUUUUUACCCACCAGUCUGGCCGAGGCCUAACUGUUUAUUUCGUGGCUUUAGUGACUAAUAGGAACAAGAUAUGGUGAAUUGCGAUAAAACUGAAAUAACACUAAAAAGUGUGUCAUAACACCGAAAUGCAAGUCAUAUCAUUGAAUUAAGUACAAUUUAACAGCAAUUAAACAAAACUUAAUUAAAAUCAUAAAAAAGUAAUCUUUUAAUGUUUGAAAUUCAAGGAAUGUGUUUAUUCCUAGACAAAAUUUCUUGCUUAAGUGCAUGGAUUAGAAAUAUUAAUUGAUUUCUUCUAUCACUUUUAAACCACGAAUGCUCGCUAAUUUAUUUUUAUCACUCUCAGUGUAUGUAUCUGUUUUAGACCAAUUUAUUACAUAUUAUUUUAUUUUAAAAAUUCAGAAUAUAAAUUUUACUACUAUUUGGUUGGAGUAAGUAUUAAAACCAUAAAAUCUUAUCUCUAGCGAUUAGUCUUAAGGUUCAUUAAUUAUUUGUGAUAUACAUGACCAGUGGACACCCUGGCGUGGCAACGAGACUACAGGACAGAAAGACACACUCCCUUUGUACAGACCACAUUGUAGCUGUGAUUGGCUGGUUUCCUCCCUUGCUUCGACCCAUAUUUCAUCUACAUCCGUUGGCAUUACGAAUAUCACUGUGCAUUUUGAAAUGUGAACAAGUUUAUAAUCGAUAACCACAUAUCCAUUUCUAACGAUGUACAUAUUGCUUGAGCUGUUUCACAAGUUGCAUGUUCAGACAAGGCUUUUACAAUACAAUUUUUAACUCUGUUGCUGUUAGAAUUACAUUCCAAAGAUGUUAAAUGACUUUAUUUUUGUGCAAUGAACUUUUAAAGGAUUGUAUUGUAUAUUACAAUAAUCUGUGUAUUUAUUGUAAAAACCUCAAGUCAUAUGUUAAUAAAUGUUUUAUUGACCAGA